AUGUCUCUAUUUUGGGCUAUGGAUGUGGAAGACGUGAUUCGCUGCAUCAAAGAGGGAGAUGAAGAUGGUGUGUGGGUGCAGCUGCAGCACUUCAACAGAGAGUAUGCACAGUGCUUCUUCUUUGAUGAAGAGGAGAAGGAGCGGAGAAGGAACCUUGCAGCGGUUCUGACCCAAUACAUCCGCUCAGAUCCACCUGGGAGAGUGCUGAGGGCGUGUCUGCAGACCCUACGGAUCCUCUCCAGGGACAAAAAGAUCCUGGGGCCCCUGGUGACGGACAACUCCCUGCUCAUCCUGGCUAAGCUCGGAGGGGUCAACAGCGGCGAGGAAGAGGAGGGGGGGGCCUCGGAGGACAUUCAGAGGAAGGAGGCGAUGAAGGUGCUCUGUAAUGUGGUCUACAACAGUGUCUGGGCCCAGGAAAGAGCUAGCGAGCUCAGACUCCUGUCAGGUGUAACAGAGGCCUUGGGUUCCGAGGCUCGGUCACUGUCGCCCCACUGUGGUCAGUUCUAUGAACUGCGCUUCAUGUUCCUCUUAACAGCACUGAGACCAGAACUAAGGAUACAGCUGAAGCAGGAGGGAGGCAUACCGCUGCUGACUGCGCUCCUUGAGCAGUGUCUGGAGGUGCAGUGGGGUGAGCAGAACCACGUGCUGCCACGUGCGCCCCCUGUCCCCCAGGAGGCCUCACAGCGAGCCAUGGAGGCCUUGAAGACCCUGUUCAACAUCACCUAUAGUGCACACACCCAGGAACCCAGUGAGGAGGACUCUGCUCUCUAUCGCCACCUGGCUGCCAUUCUUGGCCACUGCCUAAUGGUUGACUGUGAGGGGGAGAAGGAAACGGAUGACUUGAGAGGACACACAGUUAAUAUGCUGUCUGCAUUGCCUCUGAGCUGUCUGGACGUCCUCGCGACGGUGCCACUCUCUCCGAACUCUGAGCAGUGGGAGGGCUUGAACAUGGACUGUGUCCACUCUCUCCUGCUCUACAUGGAGAGGAAGCUGGAGAAGGGCCAUAAGGUGAAGGAGAAGCUCACACCAGUGCUGAACUUCCUGACGGAAAUCAGCAGAGCUCACAGACAGACACGCCGCUACCUCAGACAGCAGAUCCUGCCCCCGUUGAGAGACGUCAGUUUGCGUCCAGAGCACGGCAUGACGCUGAAGAGCCGGCUGGUGCGCCUCAUGACGCACGUGGACACGGAGCUGAAGCACUGCGCCGCCGACCUGCUCUUCAUCCUCUGCAAGGAGAACGUGGGCCGGUUCGUGAAGUACACGGGCUACGGCAACGCCGCCGGCCUCCUGGCCACCAGGGGCCUGCUGGGAGGUGUUUCCAAGACCAGCGUCGUCUCGGCGUAUUACUCCAGCGACUCCGACUCGGACACGGAGGAGUACCGGCAGGCCAAGGCUCGUGUGAACCUUGUGACAGGGCGGGUGGAGGAAGAGCAGCCCGACCCCAUGCAGGGAAUGACCGAAGAGGAGAAGGAAGAAGAGGCCCGACGCCUGGUGUCUCUCUUCAGCAAACUCUCAAGGUGA